GGACUAAAAGUGUAAUUCUCCCUAUAUUUAACCAUUCACAAGAUGAUGCCCAAGCAAUCCAUCCAACGGUAGAUGCGUGUGCUCUUGAUGUAGUCCCAGUUACACCGUAACACUACCUUUCGCGAGCAAAAAUCGAGUGCUCCUCAGAUGCAAGAUGAUCACGCUCUUUCCACCACAAACCAACAAUCAAAACCCUAGAAUUAUUUAUUUAAUAAAUUAACUAAAGUCGGUGCCGGAAGGUUCAUCGGAACUUUAUCGAAGAUUGUAAUCUCAGUGUUAGUACUGACCGAACAAUUUGGGAGUUCGAUAAAUUUUUUAUAUCCGUAUUCAAUUUUUUCAAUUGUAGGGAUUUUUCAUAUAGCCAAGUGGAAGCCACCUGAUGGACAAAGAAUUUUGGAUACCAAAGGGCGGUGGACAUGUGGCUGGGGGAGAUGCAGUUUUUGAUAAUUCAUCUAGGCUGGAACCUAAGCGUGCCCGCCAAUGGUUCUUAGAUGCUUCUGAGCCGGAGCUAUUUCCUAGCAAGAAGCAGGCUGUUGAAGCUCCAAUAAGCAAGACGGAAUCAGGAAUCGCCAUGCCGAGUUCUCUUCCUUGGGAAAGUUCUUCUGGAUUUCAGUCAGUGCCAGCAGUUCCAAGCCAAUUCAUGGAUCGGCUGUUUGGAUCUGAGACAACAAGGCCCAUAACUUUGACGGAUAGUAACAUGCCCAUUUCUGGGACAGAUGGCUCAAAUCUGAGGAAAAAGGUCAAUGGAGAACCCUUCGAGAGUGAUUCAUCUGUUGGUUUAUCAAUUUCUUAUGCCAUGGAAGACCCAGAAGUAGGAGUAAGUUACGGUGGACUCAGGAAAGUCAAAGUUAAUCAGGUUAAGGACCCUGGAAAUGGAUUGCAUACAUCUGUGGAACACGGGAUAGGGAUUUCCAUGGAUCAGACGUACAGCAGGGGAAGUGAUAAUGCCUUCAUAUCCAUGGGACAACCUUAUGGUAAGGAUGGUGGAAAUGUCACGUUGAUGGGUCAUUCCUAUGACAUCGGGGAAGCAAAUAUCAGAUCCAUUGGAUCGACCUUUGGGAAAGGUCUUGACAAUACUAUUAAAAUGACCCACUCCUAUAAUAAAGGGGAUAAUAACACCAUAUCCUUUGGUGGCUAUCAAGAUGAAUCUGUAAUUGAAGCUCUGACCAGGCCAGUUAGUAGCUAUGGCUUAUUGUAUGAGCAACCAUCAGCACAAACAUCAGAAACACCAAGCAAAAAGGAGGUGGAUGUCCCAAGUGAAAAUGCUAAUGUCAGCACCUCUCAGUUACCAAAAUCCAAAGUGGAUUCUAUAUCUAAGAAUAAGUCUGACGCAAAACCUGCUAGGAAAGAAGCACCAAACAGCUUUCCAUCGAAUGUAAGGAGUUUGAUAGCAACUGGUAUGCUUGAUGGAGUGCCAGUGAGAUACGUUUCCGUCUCACGGGAGGAGCUUCGUGGAAUCAUCAAAGGCUCGGGCUAUCUUUGCGGGUGUCAGUCCUGUAACUACUCGAAGGCACUAAAUGCAUAUGAGUUUGAGCGUCAUGCCGGUUGCAAGACGAAGCACCCAAACAACCACAUAUACUUUGAGAAUGGAAAGACCAUAUAUCAGAUAGUUCAAGAGUUAAGAAGCACCCCUGAAAGUAUGCUAUUUGAUGCAAUUCAGACUGUGACCGGUUCUCCUAUAAAUCAGAAAGCCUUCCGGACUUGGAAAGAGUCAUUCCAAGCAGCAACUCGUGAGCUUCAGCGUAUUUAUGGGAAGGAAGAGCUCAACCUAUGAGGAUAUAUCGUGAUGGGAACCUGAUUUCAAUUUAGGAUGGUAUAUUAACUUUUGAUGUGCCAGCAAGUACUAUAUUCUGGUAAGCUGUGUGAAAUAUGUAUGGAUUUCCAACUUGAGUUUAUAUCUAUUCUAAGUUAGAGGUUCUAGAAUUAUAAAGUAGUUAAGGGGUCAUUUUGUUUUUCAUUCUGGACGUAGUGAUCUUGAUCAGUUGUCGAACCCCACCUCCCAUUUAUCCUCCCAAAUAGAUACAGAGAAAUGAAAAACGGAAGCAUGGAAGCUUGUUUUUGCUUCUCUCUACAGUCCCAGUCAACAAGAUUCAGACCAGUUACUUGUAUUAAGGUUUCAUCAAAGUAGAACAGCAGAAAAUUGUUGCAAAUUCCUGAAAAUAGUAUUCCUCCCACGGCAUCUGUCCCCUACCCCAGAAGACGGAAUAUUUUGCUCAAGUCUUUAGGCAUUGUCUUAGUGUCAGGUUUAGAGGGGACUUCACCCCCAUUGCAAGAAAAUUGAGAGAGAAAUGUAAUUUCAGUUACUAUCGAAAUCCUUAGUUAUAACAACUUUGCAUAUUACAAUUCUUUUUGCCA